AUGAUCAGACUCACGUUACAAAUGCUGGUUAACAAUCCAAUACAUUUAGUUUAGAUUGUUUCACAAAAGUAGUGCGCUAGUCUUUUACUAGUCCCGUAUUAGCAGACCAAUAUUGACGUCAUCAGCACAGGCAAAUGGCUGCUGCAAGAAAACGUACGCUAUCUGGAUUUGAAGAUGUGAUUGAUGGAAAAACAACGAUUUUCAAAGACAGCGGCGAGAAGAUACACGUUGCAGCCCUGAUCCUAGCUAGGGGAGGCAGUAAGGGGAUCCCCCUGAAGAAUAUAAAAGUUCUGGCCGGUGUCCCGCUCAUCGGAUGGGUUCUGAGAGCUGCGGUGGAUUCCAAACAGUUUGACAGUGUGUGGGUAUCAACUGAUCAUGAUAACAUUGAGAAGGUGGCCAAGGCAUGGGGAGCUCAGGUUCACCGCAGGAGCCCAGAGGUGUCCAAAGACUCCUCCAGCUCUCUUGACACUAUCCAGGAAUUUGCCCGAUUAAACCCAGAGGUGAAUGUGAUCUGUCACAUCCAGGCUACGUCUCCCUGCUUGCACCCCUUCCACCUGAAGGAGGCCCUGGAGUUGAUCACCAAUCAGGGCUUCACGUCUGUCUUCGCCGUGGCCCGGCAACACCACUUCCGCUGGCAGGAGGUCAAGAAAGGAGGUAGUGUAGCCACCAAGCCACUGAACCUUGACCCGUCUAACAGGCCCCGGAGACAGGACUGGGAUGGAGAGCUGUGUGAGAACGGAUCUUUCUACAUUCAUACCAGAACGACAAUAGAGAAAGGCCUGCAGGGGGGAAAGUUGGCUUACUAUGAGAUGCUGCCAGAGUACAGUGUGGAUAUUGAUGUGGAUAUCGAUUGGCCCGUGGCAGAACAGAGAGUACUGAGGUUUGGUUACUUUGGCCUGGACAAGCCUGAGGCGGUGCGUCUGCUGCUGUGUAACGUCUCCGGCUGUCUGACUGACGGCCGCGUCCUCAUCUCUGUCUCUGGCGAGGAGAUGGUCUCUGUCAACACCAGAGAUACCACGGGUAUCCGCAUGCUGCAGGGAGAGGGCGUGGAGGUGAUCCUGAUCUCGUCCAAUGAGGACCUGACCAAGGCCUUGGCUGACAAGCUGUCCCAGAGAACGGGCUGCGAGGUCAGACAGCUGGGCAAGGACAUCCAGGGCGAGGCCAAAGCCAUGAUGGACGACAGGGAUCUGGGCUGGAAGGAAGUCGCCUAUAUGGGUAACGAUGCACCAGAUGUUGACUGUCUGAACCUGGCUGGGCUGAGUGCAGUACCCCGGGAUGCCCCAGUGGUGGCAAUCAAUGCUGCUAAAUACUCCUGCCACAAUGUUGCAGGCCUUGGGGCUGUGAGGGAGUUUUCGGAACUCAUCCUGCUGCUCAAGAAGAAGGCCAAGUCUCAGAUGGAACAAGACCGCAUCCACAGAGAUACAUUCUAAACUCUAGAAUGUGUUCUAAAGUCACAGAGAUACAUUCUGAACUCCAGAAUGUGUUCUAAAGUCACAGAGAUACAUUCUAAACUCUAGAAUGUGCUCAAACUCUAAUCUGGCUCAGAUCUGUUCUAAACAAAGAGUUGCAUUCUUGAAGCCUGAGUGCCAGUCUGUUUUUACUCGUUUGCCAGCUCCUUGUCAUUCCAAACAUAUUUGGCAUUACAAUUCCAAAAAGAGUUAACUAGAGAGCAGAAACAGACGGGCACUCAGGCUAUUUUAUUCUAGACUAUCAGACAAACCUAAACCUGUGCCAAAGAUUAGGCUAAAUGACCUUGAAGCUUAUUGACAAUCCUCAAUACUUUCUCUGGAGUAUUUACUCACUUUCAGGCACGUAGCUCAAGUUGAGGUGUUUUUUUACAGGUUGUCAGAUCGAGGUAGUUUUAGUUUUACAGGUAGUGUUGACAAAUACAGUCAGUGUGUGUAUAGAUAUAUAUUAGUAUAUACACUGCAUGCACAAUUUAGGCAAGUGAGUAUUCUGAUAUUAUUUCAAUGCACAUUUUCCAACUCCCAAACUAUAUAAACUUGAAUGCUUAUUGGAUUGAAUUAUAUUUGUGUAAUGAGGGAGGAUGUGGCGAAAGUGAAUAACACCUUAUAAACUCAGCAAAAAAAAGGCAGUCCUCACUGUCAACUGCGUUUAUUUUCAGCAAACUUAACAUGUGUAUGAACAUAACAAGAUUCAACAACUGAGACAAACUGAACAUGUUCCACAGACAUGACUAACAGAAAUUGAAUAAUGUGUGUGUGUGGGGGGGAUCUGGUGUGGCCACCAGCUGCAUUAAGUACUGCAGUGCAUCCCCUCCUCAUGGACUGCACCAGAUUUGCCAGUUCUUGCUGUGAGAUGUUACCCAACUCUUCCACGAAGGCACCUGCAAGUUCAGUCUGAGCACUGAAGGAGGGAUUGUGGGUUCCUGGUGUAACUCAGGCAGUUGUUGUUGCCAUCCUGUACCUGUCCCGCAGGUGUGAUGCUCAGAUGAACCGAUCCUGUGCAGGUGUUGUUACACGUGGUCUGCCACUGCGAGGACGAUCAGCUGUCUGUCCUGUCUCCCUGUAACGCUGUCUUAAGCGUCUCACAGUACGGACUUUGUAAUUUAUUGCCCUGGCCACAUCUGCAGUCCCCGUGCCUCCUUGCAGCAUGCCUAAGGCACCCUUUACAAUGUUUAAACCCUUACAAUGAAGAUAUGUGAAGUUAUUUUGAUUGUUACGAAUUAUCUUUGACAGACAGGGUCCUGAAAAAAGGGACAUUUCUUUUUUUGCUGUGUUUAUCAAAAGGUGUGCAUAAUUAUUAGGCAGCUUCAUUACCUCAGGUAAAAUGGGCCAAAAAAAAAGAGAUGUAACUGACACUGAAAAGUCCAAAAUUGUAAAAUGCCAUUCAGACAGAUGCAACAUUCUUGAAAUAGCUAAACUAUUGAAGGAAUGACCACCGGACAAUCAAACGGUUCGUUUGCGAAUAGUCAACUGGGGCGCAAAAAAACGCAUGGAGGAGAAAAGGUGCAAAUUAACUGAAAAAGACUUGAGAAUAAUUAAACGUCAAGCUAACACGAACCCACUCUCCUCCAGUUGCCACCAUAUUCCAGAACUGCAACCUACCUGGAGUGUCCAGAAGUACAAGGUGUCAAGUGCUCAGAGACAUGGCCACGGUCAAGAAGGCUGAAACACCACCACCACUGAAUAAGAUUCACAAGUUGAAGCGUCAAGAUUGGGCAAAGAAAUACCUGAAGACAGGUUUUAGGGUCAGAUUAAAUGAGUGACUGUUGAUGGACCAGGUGGAUGGGCACGUGGCUGGACCAGUAAUGGACACAGGGUGCCACUUCGAGUCAGGCACCAACAAGGUGGAGGAGGGGUACUGGUAUGGGCUGCCAUCAUUAAGGAUGAGGUAGUUGGACCUUUUUGGGUUGAAGAUGGACUGAAACUCAACUCCCAAACCUGCUGCCGGUUUCUGGAAGAUUCUUUCUUCAAGCAGUGGUACAGGAAGAAGUCCUCAGCAUUCAAGAAGGCCAUGAUCUUUAUGCAGGACAAUGCUCCAUCACCUGCAUCCAAGUACUCAACUGCUUGGCUAGCCAGCAAGGGCCUCAAAGAUGCCAGAAUAAUGACCUGGCCCCCUUCCUCACCUGACUUAAAUCCUAUUGAGAACUUGUGGGGCCUUCUCAAAUGUGAGAUUUACAGUGAGGGAAGAGAAUACACCUCUUUGAACAGCAUUUGGGAGGCUGUGGUUUCUGCUUCAGUGAAGUUGAUCGUGAACAGAUCAAGAAACUGACAGACUCCAUGGAUGGAAGGCUCAUGACAGUUAUUGAAAAGAAGGCUAGUUAUAUUGGUCACUGAAAGGCCAAAAAUGUUAUUUGUCGUUGUGUGUUAUGUUACCCUUACUCUAAAAACAGAGAAUUAACAAGUUGGGAGAAAUUAUUUUUGUAAUUUAAUAAUUCUGCACACUUAUAUAUUCCCCUGAGAAAGACAACUCACUUUUCCUUUGUUAAACAUUCAGGUUUGAGGUUCAAUAACAUUUGAUUGACUGAGAGCGUGGCGUUUGUUCAACAAUAAAAUGAAUCCUGAGGAAUACAAUUAGUCUAAUAAUUGUGCACGCAAUAUAUAUAUAUAUAUGACAUUAAUUUGUAGGCGAUUUUGAUUGUUUUUCUCACAACUUUUUAAUUUUGUCUUAAUGUUUUUUGAACGUAGUAUGACAUUGAUUUGAGUUGCUUUGAGAUUCUUGUUGGGUUGGUUGUUAACUUCCGUAGUGUAUUUUGCUUGCAAUUUGUUUGUGAAAUGCUGUAUGAUGUACUCAUAAAUGAAAAGAAAACAAAAUAAUUGUAAUUUG